AUAAAGUGAAGGUCAAUGCGAAGCGAAGCAAACCAAAACAUGAAUUUAAGUUAUUAACGGAUAUAAUUUUGAGCAAAUCAAAUCAAAAGUGAUGCAUUUGCAAAAUUACUUGUCUGUAUUAGUAAAUUUGUGCAGUAUAUAAGAACUAUAAGAACGAAAAUGGAGGGCAAAAAAAUAUCUUUCGGUUUCAUGAAAACGAAAAAAGCAGAAAAACCAGUCGUAGACGAAAAAAAGGACUAUAUAGAAUGUGUAGAGGAGAAAUCUAUCAAAGUAGUCGGUGCGGAAGAUAUCAAAGAUGACACACCUUUAAUAAUUCCAAUGAAACCUAACACGCUCAUCACGACUGAGAGAUUGAAGCAGAUAGCCGAGAAAGUAGAGAGUGCUUUAGAUGAACCGGAAGUUGUGAAGUCAGAUAGUCCAAAGACUGUUGAAAUUCCAGAAAAUGAGACUUUAGAGCAGAUGGCUGUCAGAGAAUUAAUGGAAGACACGAAGAAGAAGGUGAAAAUUGAAACGUCAGCCAUAACAGUACCGUUACCUGCUAAACCAGUUACUGAUGGAGAAAAAGAGUCAACAUUGGAUGACUAUGACGCUGUACCAAUACAAGACUUUGGUAUGGCAAUGCUUCGUGGAAUGGGAUGGACACCAAACAAAGACCUGCCCAAAUACAAGCAACCUCAGUUAAGGCCUAAAGGCCUAGGACUUGGUGCCGACAAAGUUGUCUCAGAUAAAAAGAAAACAUCUAAAGACAAAAAUGGUGAAGAAUUAACAAUUGUGAAGAACUCAUUUGUGAAAAUUACAACUGGGAAAUACAGUGGAUAUUAUGGAAAGGUGCUUAGCCUCGAUGAAGACAACGGCAGAGCUAUGGUCAAUAUAGUGAUGAAAAAUGAAACUGUCAAUCUAAGCGAGUUCAUGAUGCAUCCGGUCACAAAGUCCGAAUUCGACAAGGAAUCCAAAGUUAUAAAUGCAGACAAGUACGAAAAAUACAAGAAAGAUGAAAAAGUCCCUCAAUCGUCAAAAGAAAAAGAUAUAGAGAGUUCACCUAAAAGAGAAUUGAAGAAAGAAAAGUAUGAAUAUACCGAUAGGCGUGAAAGAGAAGAUUGGUCAAAUGGUAAAAAUAGAAAAGAGGAUAGACAUAGGAGAGACUCGUCAAGCACUGGUGAGGAGAGAUCUCAGAAGAAAAAGAAGCACAAAAAAAGAUACAGCAGCAACGAAUCAUUAAGUUCUCAAUCAGAGGAUGAGAGGAGGCGGAGGAAGAAAGACAAGAAAAAGCGUGAAAGAAGCGUGGAUUCUGAAGAUGAAUAUAAAAAGAAUAAAGGUAGCACUACACCGGACGGCAAACGAGAUAUCGAUAAGAAGAGGAAGGGGAAAAAGAAGAAAAGAGACAGGGAUCGUUCACCGAAUUAUAAAAAACAUAGAAAAUAAGCUUUACAUGAAUUACAAUCUUCAUCAUUUUUAUUUUUUUA